AUGUAUUUCACGUUCAUCUUUCGGUUACUCACAGGCGCUGUAUUUGCAGCACUUCCUGGCCUCCUCAUUCUAUUUCCAGUCACUGAAGAUCCCGGUUCAUUUCGUUGGCUUCCCUCGCGGAAUGCGAUAUUUGACUAUGUCGUGGUUGGUGGAGGCACUGCGGGUAUCACGGUCGGCACACGCCUUGCCCAGCAUGGAUUCAAAGUCGCCAUCGUCGAAGCGGGCGGCUACUACGAAGAUACUCAUCCCAUCUCAGAAGUCCCCGGCUCGGCUGUUCUGGGUGUUGGUGCUGAUGUGAAUACUGCAUCAGCCGCAGACUGGAGAUUUGUAGCAAAGAAGGUACCGGGUGCCGCUUACCGUGAUAUUCAUUAUCCUCGGGGGAAAUGCAUGGGCGGAUCGCCAUCCAAAGGUGCGAUGGAAACGUGGGCAGAUCUUCUCCAGGACUCAGAAUAUUCAUGGGCGAGUACCCUUCCCUUUUUCAAAAGGACAACUUCCUUCACAUCGCCUGGAAGUCGACUCCAUGCCAACAGAAGCCUCUUCAACGAGUCCGCCUUUGACACAAAGGGUGGUCCCCUCCAAGUGUCUUACCCGCGCUAUGCGAUGCCGUUCUCCGCUUCGGCUGGCAACGGCUUCAGUGCGAUCGGGAUAAAUGAGACCCAAGAUUUCAACAGCGGGUCGCUCAUGGGCCAUCAGUACUGUUCAAUGACCAUUCGUCCUUGGGAUCAAUCACGGAGCAGUUCAGAAUCGGCAUUCCUCCAUCCGCCACAGGGAUUAGUGAAUCUGACUAUCUACGAAUCAUCUUUAGUAAAGAAAAUUCUUUUCAACACGCACAAGCAAGCAACUGGCAUUAGAGUGAAGCAGCGGUGGGGCUUCUGGGACCUAGAUAUCACGAUAGGAGCAAUGAGGGAAGUGAUCGUCUCUGCUGGUGCUUUUCAAUCCCCGCAGCUCUUAAUGGUAUCAGGAGUUGGACCGGCUGAGACACUGCGAGAACACUCAAUCCAGCCUAUUGCGGACUUACCUGGAGUUGGACAGAACAUGUGGGAUCACGUUUUCUUUGGACCAUCAUAUCCGGUCAAUGUGGACACAUUCACCAAAAUGACACAAAGUCCUCUCUAUUUUGCAAAGCAAGUUGCAACCUAUCUUUUCCUUCGAUAUGGUCUGUUGACAAAUCCGUCAACUGACUACAUUGCGUUCGAAAAUCUACCAGCCAGUUCGCGAACGGAGUUCUCACCCGAUAAUGAACAGGAUCUUUCCUGGUUCUCCGACGAUUGGCCGGAGGUUGAGUAUCUUGUCGCAUCGGCAUAUGUUGGAAACUUUUCCGAUCCAUUCAGACAACAACCAUUGCAGGGACAGUAUGGCAGCAUCAUCGCCAGUCUCGUAGCAUCCACAUCACGCGGAAAUGUCACUAUCAGCUCUUCUAAUACCGAGGACCUGCCUAUUAUCAAUCCAAACUGGCUGGCCACGGAGACAGAUCAGAAAGUGGCUGUGGCAGCCUACAAGCGAAUACGGGCUGCAUUCCAUUCCGACGCAAUGCAAUCGGUUUUAAUAGGACCCGAAUACUUCCCCGGACUGAAGUAUCAGACGGAUGCCGACAUCUUGAAAUUGAUCAGAAAUACCGUAAUGACUAUCUAUCAUGCCGCUUGCACUUGCAAGAUGGGCCUGAGGAACGACACAAUGGCUGUGGUUGAUCACAAGGCGAUGGUAUAUGGUGUUCAUAGCCUACGGGUAGUUGAUGCCAGCGCAUUCCCCAUACUGCCUCCAGGUCACCCUCAAUCAACU